AUGCAGACUGCUUCUACAAACAUUUGUGAAAGAAUGGGUCACUUUCAGGAGCUCAGUGAAUUCAAGCGUGGUACCGUGAUAGGUUGCCACCUGUGCAAUAAGUCCAUCCGUGAAAUUUUCUUGCUACUAAAUAUUCCAUGGUCAACUGUUAAUGGUAUUAUAACAAAGUGGAAGAAACUAGGAACAGCAGCAACUCCACACAACGCCGCAAAGUGGUAGGCCAUGUAAAAUGACAGAGCGGGGUCAGCACAUGCUGAAGCGUACAGUGCGCAGAAGUCAGCAACUGUCUGCAGAGUCAAUAGCUUAAGACCUCCAAACUUCAGUGACCUUCAGUUUAGUACAACAGUGCGUAGAGCGCUUCAAGGAAUGGGGUUCCAUGGCCGAGCAGCUGCAUCCAAGCCU